AUGUCAUUGUUAGGGAAGUCUACUGCAGGAGCUUCGUUUCUUGUCGUAGGUCAAAUAGUGACGAAAUUGUUCACGUUCCUUCUUAAUCAACUGCUUAUACGGUACAUUUCGCCUCAAGUAUUUGGGGUUUCAUCAUACCUUGAAUUUUUAUUGACUACAGCUUUAUUUUUUAGUAGAGAAGCAGUAAGAUUAUCUAUACAGCGUACAGAAUCUACUACUGGUGAUAAAGAGAAUAGUGAAAGUAAUAAUGAGAAAUCAGGGAAAGAUAAGUUGAAGUAUCUCGAUAUUUCUUCUAUAGAUGGAACUUACCAGAGUAUCAUCAAUUUUGGAUAUGUGGCAGUAUUGGUAGGUGUACCUCUUUCAUUGUCGAUAUUCUACUGGCAGUUACAGACAUCCCAUGUCUUGCAAGAAACGUUGUUGCCACUUCAGCACUCUGCCAAGACUCUAGCCCUAGUGGCACUCCUGGUUUUAUUAGAGCUUACCGUGGAACCACUCUAUGUUUUAAAUCAGUUUCAACUUGACUUUAAGAAGCGUACAAAGUUUGAAAGUAUUGGUGUAGUCUCACGAUGUUUGCUUACAUUUUUCGUUGUAAUGUUAAGUAAGGGAAAAUCCAACGAUGAUGGUCUCGCCGUAUUUGCCUUUGCUGUGGGCCAAUUUGCUUACUCUUUCAUGAUUUUUAGCUUGUAUCAUCUUGAUUUCUAUAACAGAACUCAGCACCAUUAUUCAUUAUUACCUCAGAAACUAUAUCUGAUGAAUUCAAAGACUUUAUUCUACUUCAACCCUAAAGUUUGGAACAUUUGGAAAAAUAUUUUUGUUCAAAUGCUCUUCAAGCAGGCCCUCACUGAAGGUGAUAAACUUUUAAUUAAUUACCUCUGCACAGUUGAAGAACAAGGGGUUUAUUCUGUUGUUACAAAUUAUGGCUCAUUAGUAGCUAGACUAUUGUUCCAACCAAUCGAAGAAUCUCUUCGGUUAUAUCUCACACGAAUUCUUGCAACUAAAGGAAAUAGAUUGGAGCAUGUUCAAAUAGCCCAACAAGUACUUCUGUACUUGUGUAUUUUCUACAUUAAUUUGUCUUUAUUAAUUGCACUCGCUGGAUAUGCCAACGCAACGUUCCUUCUAAGAAUUCUUUUAGGGGGACGUGCUAGUGCUAAGUGGAGUUCUACUGAUCUUUUUACAGUCUUUCCUCAGUAUGUUCUCUAUAUUCCAUUUCUUGCUUUCAAUGGAAUUUUUGAGCUGUUUUUCAACAGUGUGGCUACAAAGGAGAACAUCGCAAAGCAUUCAAUAUUUAUGUCCAUACUGACAGUUGUGUAUCUUUUAGCUCUGUUCAUUUUCAUCGACUACUAUAAAUUGGGCCUUUCUGGACUUAUUCUUGCCAACGUUGCCAAUAUGUUCAUAAGAAUUAUUUAUUGCGGUAAGUUCAUACAAUCAUACUUCACUAACGAAAUUGGCAUCCAUGCUAUAAAUUUAAGAAGAUCACUUCUGAAAUUAUAUGUCCCAAUCACCCUUGGAUUAAGUAUAGAAUUUCUUCAAUACCACCUUCUCGAUAAAAAUUUGAUUGUUCUGACGUAUAAAGGGUUCUUUAUUAGUGUUACUUUGUGCGUUAUGUAUCUACUUGGAGCCUUGUUAGUGGAAAGGAAACUUAUAACUGAUACAAUCCAACAGUUUACUAAAAAAUCAAAAACUAAAUAA